AUGGAUCAUGUGCUGUCCUUUGCAGACUUUUAUGUAUUCACGCCGUACGUCUACCCUGCUUCAUGGCAAGAGGACGGGGCUUCACGUCAGAUGGUCAGCCUGUUUCUUCUCACCAACCUUGGAGCACUGCUGCUUUACCUGGUCUUUGGUGCGCUGAGCUUCUACUACGUCUUCGACCACAGGCUCACCAAACAUCCACAAUUUGUUAAGAACCAGGUGAGUCAAGAGAUCCAUCUCGCCACUACCUCCAUCUUCUGGAUGAGUUUCCCCACAGUGAUGCUUUUCUUCUGGGAGGUCAGAGGUCACAGCAAACUUUAUGAUGGCAUCAAGCAAACUUUCAUGGGUUGGUCUGAGGUGUUGGCGAGCAUUGUUGGAUUCUUGUUCUUUACGGACAUGUGCAUCUACUGGAUACAUCGCUGCAUGCAUCAUAGGAGCAUCUAUAAGUACUUACAUAAACAACAUCAUUUGUUCAAAAUCCCCACGCCGUUUGCAAGUCACGCCUUCCACCCGCUGGACGGCUUCCUGCAGAGCUUACCCUACCACAUCUACCCUUUCAUCUUCCCGCUCCACAAGGCCGUCUACCUGGCUCUCUUCGUCUUUGUCAAUAUCUGGACCAUUUCCAUACACGACGGCGACUACCGCAUCCCCGGCCCUUUGAUACAUCUCAUAAACGGCGCUGCCCAUCACGUGGACCAUCACCUCUUCUUCAACUACAACUACGGACAGUACUUCACACUCUGGGAUCGUCUUGGAGGCUCCUACAGACACCCCUCGGUCCUCCAGGGGAACGGACCACAUGAUCACAUCCGUCAAAUCGCAACAGAGACGGCACGGAAAAAGUGA